AUGGAGGAACUGGCCCGUGAGAGCAUCAGCCUGCUGGCCCGGUCCGCAUCACAUGCCGAUCCACCAAGGCUCGGCUCAUUUGGAGCUGUCUUCAUUAUGUUGAAGUCUGCACUUGGAGCUGGACUGCUCAACUUUCCUUGGGCCUUUAAGAAAGCAGGGGGUGUGAACACUGCCAUCACUGUGGAGCUGGUAUCUCUGGUGUUUCUCAUCAGUGGUCUGGUCAUCCUGGGUUAUGCGUCAUCUGUCAGCAGACAGAAGACCUACCAAGACGUAGUGAGGGAGGUGUGUGGACGUGCUGUGGGGCAGCUCUGUGAAGUCUGCUUUUGCUUCAACCUUUUCAUGAUUAGUGUUGCCUUCCUGGUGGUGGUGCAGGAUCAACUGGAGAAGCUGUGCAUUUCUCUGUACGAGACUGUGACUGGAUCAAGUGAGGCAGACAUGCCUUAUCACUGGUACACUGACCAGCGCUUUGCCCUCUUCAUUAUGUGCCUUAUCAUCAUCCUUCCCCUGUCCAUCCCAAAGGAAAUCGCCAUACAGAAAUACACAAGUGUAUUAGGGACGCUUGCUGCUACCUAUCUCUGUGUCGCCAUCCUUGUCAAGUAUUAUCUAAUGGACAGCCACAUAGCUGUUACCCCAGUGCAAAGCCAAGGAGUGAGCUCCUGGGCCUCUAUGUUUAGCGUAGUGCCAACAAUUUGCUUUGGAUUUCAGUGCCAUGAAGCCUGUAUAGCAAUCUACAGCAGUAUGGAGAACCAGAAGCUCCUGCAUUGGGUGGUCAUCUCUGUGCUCUCCAUGUUUUUUUGCUUGCUCGUCUACACUCUUACGGGUGUGUAUGGCUUUUUGAUGUUUGGGCAAGAAGUGGCCUCAGAUAUUCUUAUGUCAUAUCCUGGGAAUGACGUGGUCAUGAUUAUCUCCAGGCUCCUUUUUGGAAUAUCGAUCAUCACCAUAUAUCCCAUUAUUCUUCUGCUGGGGAGAUCUGUGAUCCUGAACCUUCUGUUACGUGUUCAAAGAAAUCGCCGGGGAGUUUUCACCCAAUCAUUUGAGAGUCGCUGCAGAGUCAUUCUAACUGUAGCCUGGAUCUCCUUCACACUUCUGAUUGCUAUGUUUGUCCAAGACAUGGCUGACGUCAUCAGCGUUAUUGGAGGAAUCAGCGCCUUUUUCAUAUUUAUCUUCCCUGGUCUUUGCUUAGUGUUCACAAUGCAAACUGAAGAUGUCUCCCCAAGAGUCCGGGAUAUUUUAAUCAUCUGGGGAAUCAUAACAAUCGUGGUUGGAGCGUUCAUCUUUGGACAGAGUACCACCAUCGCUGUAAUGGAGAUUUUCCACAAGUUCUGAGCUUAUUAGUUCUGUUCUUCUGUAGAACCCCCCUAUUCUGUACAACUGAACUCUGAAUUUGUAUUGCAGAAUUUUAAUUGUAAAUAUAAAUAAUGUAUUUUGUCUUGAGCAUAGCUAAAAAAACAAACAAACAAAACAAUGUCAAUAGGAUUGCUCACUAUGUGUGAUUAGAAAAUCUGUGUUUGGAAUGCUUUUUGCAGAAGAUGUUUUUGUAAUAAGUCUGUAUAUAUAUAUUUAUGAUGGUUUAGUGUAUUUGCAACAUAGGUGUUAGAAUUAUUCUUUGAGAUGCCUGCCAGGGGGCGGUAUUGCAUCAUUUAUGAAUGACUAAACUGUUUUUUUUGUGU